GAAUAGUGUUUUUGUUGCGGUUCUGUCGUUUCUGUUUUUGUUUCCUCUUCCGUUCUCUCUCUAGAAGUCUAGAGAGAGAAAGUGGGAGAACAUGGACGCAACCAUGGCGGACUCAGACGGCUCUAUCUCCAUCGAUAUUCAGACCAUUCCACUUGGUGGCCAGGAACACAUUAUAAAGACAAGCCAUGGCUAUGUAUCUGUUAAUGUUUUCGGAGAUCAAGAGAAGCCAGCACUCAUCACAUAUCCUGAUGUCGCUCUGGAUUUUAUGUCAUGCUUUCAAGGACUCUUCUUUUGUCCAGAAGCAGCUUCUUUGCUGCUUCACAACUUCUGCAUAUACCAUAUUGAUCCACCAAGGCACCAGUUGGAAGCUGCUGGCUCCAUCUCUUCUGAUGUCUCAGCAGUUACAGUAGAUGAUCUUGCCGACCAGGUGGCUGAAGUCCUUGAUUUCUUCAGGCUUAGGACAGUUAUGUGUAUGGGGGUCACAGCAGGAGCUUAUAUCCUCACCCUUUUUGCUAUGAAGUACAAGGAGCGUGUACUUGGGCUUAUGCUUGUGUCCCCUCUAUGUGGAGCACCUUCUUGGACAGAAUGGUUAUACAAUAAGGUUCUGUCUAAUUUGCUAUACUUCUAUGGAAUGUGCGGGCUAUUGAAGGAUUUCUUGCUUCAGCGGUAUUUUAGUAAGGAGGUUCGUGGUAGUACAUAUGUUCCUGAAUCCGACAUUGUACAGGCAUGUCGAAGGCUGCUAGAUGAGAGACAGAGUGCAAAUGUUCUCAACUUCCUUCAGGCCAUAAAUAGGAGGCACGACCUAACUGAUGGUUUGAGAAAACUGAGGUGCAAAACACUUCUGUUUGUCGGAGAGAAUUCACCUUUCCAUGCCGAGGGCCUCUACAUGACCUCCAAAUUAGACAAGAGAUAUACGGCCUUAGUCGAGGUUCAAGCAUGUGGAUCGCUGGUGACUGAGGAGCAACCACAUGCCAUGCUGAUCCCCAUGGAGUAUUUCUUGAUGGGCUUUGGCUUCUACAGGCCAAGUGAAGUGAACCCAAGCCCAACCAAAAGCCCAUCAAGCCCAUUGUGCAUAUCUCCUGAGCUUCUUUCACCAGAGAGCCUGGGCCUGAAGCUCAAGCCUAUAAAGACACGAGUUGAAAUUCCAGAUAUGUACGUUAGAAUCCGGUUUGAGGAAGAUGGGGAGGGAUUGGUAACAUAAUCCCAGUUCAUUUUGUGGGGAAUAAAGUGGUUGUGCCCGUGACAUAUAUCAUAUGGAGGAGUGUCUUCGAUUUGUAUUUUGGAUCUCUCUUUAUUUU